GGUGGGUGCGGGGAGCCGAGCGCCCGGACUCUGCACCCUUGGGCCCGCCGUGCUCCGCUCGGCCGCAGCCUCCCGCCGGCCCAUGGACGAGGCCCGGCCUCCGUCGUCGCCGCGGGACGAGCUGCAGCUGUCGGAGCUCCGGCAGCUGCAGGAGGAGCAGACGCCACUCAAUGGGGAGCUGCGGGUGCUGCCGUCCCGGGCCGAGGAACCCAGCCCAGCCCAGGUGAAGGAGGCAAAUCCCUGGAGCUCCUGUAAUAAGACUGUGGGUGCAAGGUGUAAACUGUGGAUGGUCAUCACUUCCAUUUUCCUGGGUUUCAUUGUAGUAAUCAUCAUAGGCUUAUGUCUCACUGGAGUAAUGUACAUCGAUGAAGAUGAAAAUGACAGAAUUGAAUUAUCAUCAAACAAAACAUUCUUUAUCAUGUUGAAGAUUCCAGAGGAGUGUACUAUUGAAGAGGAAUUGCCUCACCUGCUCACUAAAAGGUUAAAGAUGUUGGUCAUCCAGUUGGUCAUCUGGAACUGGAAAUGGGACGGAAAAGCUUCCUACUUUGAAAACAAACACAGGAAUGGUGAAAAUUCCACAGUCACUUAUCACCUGCAGUUUGGGGUUCCAAUGGAGGAUGACAGUUUUAUGAAGUACAUGAUGAGUGAGGAGUUGGUGCUGGGGAUCUUGCUGCAGGACUUCCACGAUCAGAGUGAACCUAGCUGUGCGGGGCUGGGCCUGGACCCAGAAUCUCUCUUGCUCUAUGAAUGAAGUGAUGGAGGCUGCUCUAUGUCAGAAAGCUAUGCUCCACUGAGUUUUGGAGUGGGAGAGAAUUCAUUCUGUGUCAGGACAGGAGGAUGGAGCUGUCCUUCCUCCAGAUUCUGCAUGGUGAUAGGAUCCGUCUCUGCCCAGCAAGGCACCUGGGAGGCCACUCCAGCUGGCCCCAGUCUUGACAAAGCAGGGUGCCAGGCAGAUGGGGGAGAUGGAGUGAGGCAGGCCCAGUGGGAAAGCCCUGUAUCCUUGAGAAACCGGUUGACUCUAUGCCCUUCCUGGUCUUAGGCAGGAUUCUGGUCACCUGUGCUGGUGGACAGGGACAGUAGAGAGUCAGAAGAGAGAGAAGCAAGCCAAUUCCUCACUAACAUCCCUCCAUCCCUCCAUCCUUCUCCUCUCUCUCUCUCUCUCUCUCUCUC